UGUGUUUGCAUGUGCGUGUUUGCGUGUGCGUGUGCAUGUUUGCUGGUGUCUGUGUUUGCGUGUGCAUGUUUGCUGAUGUCUGUGUUUGCGUGUUUGCUGGUGUCUGUGUUUGCGUGUGCGUGUUUGCUGGUGUCUGUGUUUGCUGGUGUCUGUGUUUGCGUGUGCGUGUUUGCUGGUGUCUGUGUUUGCGUGUGCGUGUUUGCUGGUGUCUGUGUUUGCGUGUGCGUGUUUGCUGGUGUCUGUGUUUGCGUGUGCGUGUUUGCUGGUGUCUGUGUUUGCGUGUGCGUGUUUGCUGGUGUCUGUGUUUGCGUGUUUGCUGGUGUCUAUGGUUGCAUGUGUGCGUGUUUGUGCGGGGUCUCUGUGUGCGUGUUUGUGCGGGGUCUCUGUGUGCGUGUUUGUGCUGGGUCUCUGUGUGCGUGUGCGUGUUUGUGCGGGGUCUCUGUUUGCGUGUGCGUGUGUGUGUUUGCGUGUGCGUGUUUGUGCUGGGUCUCUGUUUGCGUGUGCGUGUUUGCGUGUGCGUGUUGGGGUCUCUGUUUGCGUGUGCGUGUUUGUGCGUUUGUGUGCGUGUUGUGUGUGUGUGCGGGGUCUCUGUUUGCGUGUGUGUGCGGGGUCUCUGCGUGUGCGUGUGUGUGCGGGGUCUCUGUUUGCGUGUGCGUGUGUGUGCGGGGUCUCUGCGUGUGCGUGUGUGUGCGGGGUCUCUGUUUGCGCGUGCGUGUUUUUGCACGGGGUCACGCGGUUGCCAGUGUACAUACACGUGUGCCGGGCCCUCAUCAUCAUAGCGAUCAUCCUGGGCUUCUUCGGGGCCAUCCUGGCCCUCGUGGGGAUGAAGUGCACCAAGAUCGGCGGCUCGGACAUCGUCAACGCAAAAGUCACAUUUGCAGCGGGGAUAAACUACCUGAUCUCAGGGUUCUGUGCCAUGAUCGCAUUCUCCUGGUAUGGAAACAAGAUAAGAGCCGAAUUUGUGGACCCGAACUACAAGGCGCAGAAAUUUGAGAUCGGAGCAGCGGUUUUCGUGGGCUGGGGGGGCUCUUCCCUGCUCAUAGUGGGGGGGUUCGUCUACAGUUUCUUCGCUGGAAGGGAGGGCCUCGGCUCCAGUUCAAAGAACCCAAAGAAGCCUGGGUCUAACAUCACUGCUCGAACCCGGCGCACGUACAUGCUGCCACCCCAGACUAGGGACGGUGGAGAGAGCCGACGGACCAGGGCCAGCAGAGAUCCCUACGCCCAGACUGCCAGAUCACUCAUUAGAUACCCUUACGCCCAAACUGCCAGAUCACUCAGUAGAGAUCCCUACGCCCAAACAGCCAGAUCACUUAGUAGAGCUCCCUACGCCCAAACCGCCAGAACCCUCAGUAGAGAUGCCUUUGUCUAAUGCACUUCAGUGAAGAUGUCAAUGUCUAAUGCACCACAUUACAGGUCGAUGCAAAAGGAAUACCUUCUGAAUAUCAAGGAGACAAAACUUAGUUUUAAAUUUAGUUUUUUUUUUUUUGAUAAUUCAGUCACUAUCUGCAAACAGGAAACAGAAUACUGAGAAUUAUAACUUUAAAUCGGCACACUGCACAUAGUUUACACCGUACAAACCUCUCUGGGCUACAGGUACAUUCAGUGGUUUGCCCUGAAUUUCAGAGACUUGCACACAAAACCUGGGCAAUGAAAAUACACUAAAACUGAAAUAAUAUUUUAAAAUAUCCAAAGGUAAACUCCCUCUUUAAAACUGAAACUUACCAUAUGUAGCCUAAUGACACUUCACAUGCUGAACAGAAUAAUGGCAACUGUCUUACCAAUGAACUCCACCUAUUGGCAUAGCAACUGAUUAAUGAGUGUGCGCGUUAUUUACUUUCUCCAGCAGAGGGCAGUAAUGAUUAUUAAAAUGCAUGGGAAAAUGUUAAUUUAAACAAAAAAUUGUUAAUGUGCUUUGUGUAAUAAAUAUUUUUUAAAUCUGUA